AUGAAUGCGGUGCUUAUGGACUGCGUGUUGGGUGCGGUUGACGGUGGCAGUCAUUACCUCUGUGGUGUGAGGAAUGAAAUAGGCGACACGGAUGCGCGCGUGCGUGUGGCACCGAAGCGUGCCUGUGGAGCGAGGGGGCAGCAGGGGCGCGAGGGAAGGCUGCGCCUGCUGAUCCGUCACGCCGGGACGGCACAAGUGCGGCAACCGCACUUCUCUCGGGCAGGCGAACGGCUGCAUCCACACGCUCGCUUGCAUCGAUGCGGGCUCGGAUCACUACUGUGCGCAAGCGGUGGCGGCGGGGAUCGUCGUGCUGCUCCUGCGCUGUGCCGCGGUACUCGCUGCAGAGGCUUGGGCGUGUGGGGGACACACACACGCUCGCGUAUGACACGUGCACGGCUGCCGACAACACUGUUGCCAACUGACGCGGCACGCAGCGCUGGCAGCUGGCCACAUUUGCCUCUCCCUCCCUCCCUCCCUCCCUCCUUAUCGACCCUCCUUGUUGUGUGCUGGCUUUUGUUUGUUUUUGUUUGUAUUUAUGGUGUUUCUAUCGUGCUCGUUGAUCCUCGUUGCCGAAUUCCCAUUCGCCAAUAA